CGCUAUGAAUUUAGCGUGGGUACAUUGCGCAUCAUAGUCUGCGCACAAGGACCAUCCUAUACUACCCGGCGCUGCAUUGAGAGUACUGACCCGACCCAUUCCUAAAUCCACCGAUUCUGCUGAAAGCCGUGAGUAGGCAGGGAUCAUGCAGAUCAAAGCUCCCCCCAGCUUCCAGCCGCUGGAUGUUCGUAGCCAGCAGUACCAGCCCCCUCCGCCAUGCCGGUCCCGCUACCGGAAGUUUGACCUUUACAGAGACGUACAGCAGUUCUUUCAGAUCGACAACCAUGCUAUUCAGGUCGCCCAGCAGGACCAUGACAACUUCCUGGACCUCAUCUGGCACCUGGUGUACAGCCAGAACUAUCACUCCGACCUCGACAAGGCCAGAGUUAUUUUCCGCUGGAUGACCUCCAAGAACAUGUACACAAUCACCUUCCGUGAGAAUGUCCGUGCCGGCAGCCCCGAAGAAGUCAUUCUGUCUUUCAAGAACAAGCAAGGGACGUAUGCCAGGAUCUUCGAGACUAUGUGCAGGUUCUCUGGCGUGCAGUCUGUUGUGUUGACCGGUUAUGCAAAGGGCCUAGACUACCGCCCCGGCGAUAAAUUCAAGGGCAACGACUACAACCACAGCUGGAACGGAAUCCUCAUCGACGGCAACUGGUAUCUGGUAGACUCCCACUGGGCUACAAGGUACCUCACCUCUGAGAAGAACGCUCCAGAAAAUCUGGUGUAUGAGUACGAUGACUUCUACUUCCUGACUGACCCCGAGCAGCUCAUCUACAGCCACUGGGCUCACAAGUCCGAAUGGCAGUUGCUGACCGCCCCCAUUGUCCUGCAGGACUUUGAGAACCUGCCGCUGGUCAAGUCCUACUUCUUCAAAUGCGGGAUGUUCUUCAUCUCUCACCAUGUUGGUGUAGUCGAGACGAAGAAGGGGAAGAUCGCCAUCACUGUUGGCUUCUCGAAACCUACAAACUUCACCUACAAGAUCGUCUUUUCUGAUUCCAACGAUGAGACCUACCAGGGCCAGAAGCUGAAGAACUUCGCCCUCCAGGAGCACGGCAAGAACCAGACAACUACUUUCAUCUUCAGGGCUCCCAAAUCGGGCCAGUAUUACUUCACAAUCUUCGCUCAACUCCUGACCGGGGAACUCGGUGUCAAGAACGUCUUCACAGCUUCAGCUGAGUACAAGGUCAUCGCCGACACUGCUUCCAACGACGCGAAGCCCCUCCCCAACUGCUCCGACAGCUGCUGGGGUCCAGGUGUCGCCGUUGACCAACUCGGCAUCGUCGCCACUCCACCCCAGGGCAUCAUCCCAACAACCGAUGGAAGGGUGAACCUGGAGUUCAAGAAGACCCGCCCGGCUUUCCUCCUGGCCAAGCUGAGGAAGAACGGAGUUCGUGAGGAAGACCUUGAAGCGUGUAUUCGAGAUGACGACCAAGGCGACAAGAUUUUGGUGACGGCUGACCUCCCAUCCAAGGGCGAAUAUGGUAUUGAGGUGUACGGCAACGAUCCCAACAAAGAUGGCGACACAUACACCCACAUCUGCCAGUACUACGUCCACUACGCUGACCCCGCUGAGCAGAACAAUGCCUUCUAUCAAGAAUCCCCAGACAAAGCACGCUAUUUUGGAGGCGGACAAGGAACUUUGGACGGACAAGGAUAUAACCCAGAUUACGCAGGGUUGUCACAGGGGACACAGCAGAUGAAUCUGGAUGGAAGCAACUUCGACCCCGCCAACCUUCCACCCCCUCCUCCCGAGAUGCUUCAGCAGCAGUACCUCUACGGCACUGUCCCCGACAGUCGCCAGCAGGCAGUCUUCAACAGCCAGUCGUACCCCGGAGGUCAAGGUCAGGUCAGCUACAACCCCGUGCUGGGGACGGUGGCACCUACGCCACAGAGCCAGAAGGCACAGGUCUCCAACAUUCCUCAAAGCAGACCACUCCAGGUUCAGAAGCGAUCCAUGGGUCAGCAGCCCCCUCAGACAGACAAGAAGUUCAAGUUGAUCCCCAUCCGACAGGACAGCCAGACCCCCGAUCCCCUGCCAGCCCCCAUCCAGCAGAAACCCAGUCUCGAGGUCAUCGACAGACAGGUCCUGGAAACACUUGAUGACCACGCUAUUCAGGUUUCAAAGAGUGAACACAACAGUUUCAGAGAUCUGGUGUGGGAUUUGAUCUACUCCAAAAAUAUCACCAAUGAAAUUGAGAAAGUCAGAGUUAUUUUCCGUUGGUUGGCCACCAAGAACCUGAAAGAGAUGAAUUUCGACAACGUGGAGAAGGGCAGCCCUGAGGAGGUGCUGAUGGGCCUCAAGACCGGCAAAACAACAUAUGCUAUGGUGUUCGACACUAUGUGCAACUAUGCUGGUCUCCAUUCCAAGAUCAUCAGUGGUUAUGCUAAAGGCGCCAACUAUCGUCCCGGACAGAAGUUCGAGCCCGGCAGCAACCAGCACUCAUGGAACGCUGUGUACAUCUACGGAACAUGGUGUCUGAUUGAUGCUCACUGGGCUGCAAGAAGAAUCAUCGGCAAGCAGGCAGCAUCCGAAGAAUUCCAUUACCAACUUGAUGAAUAUUUCUUCUUGCCUGAUCCUGUCCAGCUUAUCUACACUCACUUUCCUGAUGAAGCCAAAUGGCAGUUGUUAGAACGUCCUUUCAACCUGGAGGAGUUUGAGAAUAUGCCCCACAUGAAACCCCAGUUCUUCAAAUAUGGUCUUGAGUUUGUCACAAACAGAACAGCAGUCAUCUACAGCAGAGGAGAAAUCAACAUCAGGUUGAGGUAUUCUGCCCACAAGAUGGCCGUCGCCUUCAACUUCACGAUAUCCACAGAGGAUGGGGAAGAAGACAUUGCGGGGAUGAAGCUCAGUCGGUACGGUAUGCAGGAAUCAACAGGUGGAAUAGCAUCAUUCAAACUUCGUCUGCCAGAGAAAGGGUCGUAUAUCUUGUAUAUCUACGCCAAAGAGGACAUCCCGGAAAACAAGGAGAACGUGUAUGCACAGGUCUGCGAAUACAAGAUCGUUCAGGAGGAAACACCUAAACCCCCAUUUGAACCCCCCUUCCCACCAUGUUCGUAUCUGACCUGGGGUCAGGGGUCAGCCUUCUACCGAUAUGGUCUCAACUCAUACCAGAAUUGAGCAACAAUGGUGACAAGAGAUGGAAAGGUUGAACUCCAAAUCCGUAUUCAGAACAUGCAGUUUAUGGGCAAGUUGAAGCAUUGUCAAAUGGACGAUUCUGAGCUUGAGGGUUAUAUUAUCAACCGUGUUGUUGGGAAGACAGCUUUCUUCAAUGUCACUGCACCAAUGAGGGGAGAGUAUGGCCUUGAGAUCUAUGCUAAUGACCCUGCAGCUGAGGGCUCGACGCUGUACCACAUCACGCAGUAUCUGAUCCAGUGCCACGAAGAUGUCAAGGCAACACCACUGCCUAAACUUCCUCCAGGGUAUCUUGGCGCACAGCCGAAGUUCUCCGAGUAUGGUCUGUGCACAGCAAGCCACAACGACCCUGUUAUCCACUUAGAAUGCAACACAGUCACGAUUGCCAUCAAGUCAGAGAACGUCUUGCGUGUAACGGCAAAUCUCAUCUGCUGUGAAUCAGAGAAAGAUCACCCCGAGUACGUGUUCUCCCACACCAAGGGCUCGAUGGUAACCUUCAUCGUCAACCUUCCCAAAACUGGGUUCUACAAGCUGCAGCUCUAUGCCAUCCCAGCCACCGACAAAUCCCAGCAGCUGCCUGGGGUCUACAACUACUUGAUCAACUGCCAGAAGCUGACACAAGCCGUGUUCCCCUUCCCGAAACAGUACGCUCAGUGGAAGGAGGGCUGCUUCAUGAACGAGCCUGGCAUCAUCCCAACCACGACAACAUCUACCGGACAGUCGGUCAACAUUUCCCAGCUUCCCCCGACCGUCAACUUCCGUGUCAUCAUCCCUAAUGCUGAAGCGGUCGCUAUUGUCAGCGGAGAGAAGUGGACACUCCUGGAGAGGCUCGCUGGUGAUGAAUGGGCUGGAACGGUGGAGGUAGCUCAAUAUUACGGCACAGGCACCAAGAUCACCCUGAACUCCAACUAUGGUGGUGAUUCCUCCAGCUACAACACUCUCCUGGAGUACAACGUUUAGUUUCCUCUUUUGAUAGAACAUAGUUAUCCCCAUAUAUGCUAAUGUUUUUAAGCAAUACUGCCUUAGAUAACCACUGUAUAUUGUUACUCCUGUAAAUGUAGUGCAUUGUGAUACUGUCGGACUUUGCUUGUUGAUAACUCUGUAUCUUUAAUGCAUUUAUUUCUCUAUGUUGGGUUGCUAUGGCAGCAAAUUAAGUGAAGCCUUGCCUCUAUUUCGUUGGUUCAUGGCACAGGUAGGGGGAGAUAAUUCCAUUAUUGUCAAUGGCAGACCAUGAUGUAAUUUUGUUUCUGGUUAAUGUAUAUAACUAUUUAUAUACUUGCUUUUUUUAUUUUCCAUGUGAGAAAACAACUAAUUAUUUCAAAAUGUUAGAUUUGAAAUUUAUCGUUUAGUUAUUUAAGAUUAUCACUAGGUAAGUAACUUGUUAUGAUAUUUGUGUAAGAGUUAUUGUCAUCUUUCAGAUCUUUCAGAAGCUACGUCUUUCAACAAAUUUUCACAUGUAUUUCCUUUGCCUAUGCACUCAAAUGAAUAAAAUUGCAUUAAUAUACCCUCCAUUUCCAGAUACCCUCCAUAAAAAAGCCUAUAUGUGUUUACAUUAGCAUAUAGUUUAUGCCAUUUUGCUUACAGUACAGUUAAAUAUAUCGCAUAAUUAUCUAAAAGUAUUUCUUUCAGGGAAUUCUUAACAUUGCUUUAAGGAUUUUUAAGAAUUCAAAUUAUAAUCCAAAUAGUAUGGAUUAGUAUCAGAAUAUUUAGCUUUUCCACUAAUCCUGUGAUAACAUUUUUAGGGUUAUUAUGAUGUAUACAUGAUUUUCAUGGCUUUUUAGCAAGUUAUGACUUUGUAAUCUGAAUUUUCAUUUUUCGUUCAUGACAUUUUGGUGCAAUUUAAUUGUCAUCUUUAUUUUAUCUCAAUAAACAUAAAAAAUCCAUCUUCAAUUUCUGAUCUGAUUGCCAUCAUAACAUAAGAUAUCUGAUUUUCUUGUUUGCUUUGAUUGGAACGAACAAAGAGUGUCAGUAUUGUUAAAAUCUUUAUUUACUUGUUGUGUUAUUUUAAUUUUUGAUACCAGCUUUUUCUAAUUUUACUUAUGAAGCUUAUGCUUGAAAGAAUGUUAGGGGGACAUCGUGUUGUGUGGUUGCCACACUGUAUAGUACUCGUGCUCAUAUGGAAAUAUUGGCGAGGAACAUCAUGAUUUUGAUUGUAUGAGAAAAUGAAUGAUAACUGGCUAGGAGAAUGUUCAAGGCUUACAAAUAUUUCUGAACUGCUGAAAUUUAUUUUCAAUAUUCAUAGAAAACAUGUUCCUCUUUGGUAUUUCCAUUUUCUCUUUUUCCUUCGUGUAAGCUGGUGCUAGGCUGACAUGGUUGUCCCAGAUUAUCUGAGGCAGAUUAACACUGUAAUUGGAUGAACAUAAUUUUGUCUGAUUUAGAUUAUCUUAUAUAGCAGUCUUGCUGCAAUAAAGCUUACUUCAACUCUUGAA